GCCGUCGGAUCCUGGGAACUCGCAGAAUGAGCAGCAGCCAGAGUGCUUGUGGCCUGGACACGGACAUCGUGUGGAUGGACCUGGAAAUGACCGGUCUGGACAUCGAAAAGGACAAAAUCCUGGAGGUGUCCUGCAUCAUAACGGACAAGGAUCUGAACGUAAAGUCCGAGGGACCCUGCUUCGCCAUCAACCAUCCGCAGGAGGUGUACGACACGAUGAACGAGUGGUGCAUGAAGCACCACUACGAAUCUGGUUUAGUGGAUCGCUGCCAGAGAUCGGAUAUAAAGCCAGAUCAAGCCUCCGAUCUGCUGCUAACCUAUCUCAAGGAGAACAUCCCAAGGCGCGUCUGCCCACUCGCCGGAAACUCCGUCUACAUGGACCGACUGUUCAUCAGGAGAUUCAUGCCGUCGGUGGACGAGUAUUUGCAUUACCGCAUCGUGGAUGUGUCCACCAUCAAGGAACUGGCCAGGCGGUGGCGCCCCGAGUUGGCAAAGGCCGCCCCCAAGAAGUCCUUCGCCCAUCGCAGCCUGGACGACAUCCUCGAGAGCAUCAGCGAACUCAAGUACUACAAAGCGAACUUCUUCAAGUAAAUUGUGGGAAAAGU